CAAGUAUUCCUUUAAAGGCAUAUUUAAAGCCCCGGCGUCAGUUGCGGGAGAAGCGGCGAACCGAGCGCGGCCGAGCGACUGUCCGAGCGCGCAGCGGGCGAAUGAGGACGAAGAGGGAACAGCCGACACGACCCGACACGACCCGGCGAGGUACGACUUCAGGGCUUAAGACUGCAGCCUGGACCAAAACGACAACAACAUCUCCGCAACAUUUAUGAAGCUUUCAAGGCCUUUUGAUUGAUCAGCCAAUCGAUGGGGAUUUUCAGAGGAGCUCCACCCACCGUCACUGCCUGCCCUGCUACCCCCUCCCCCUGCGCCCCCACCCACUCCGUCAUCCAGCCCUCCAUACAAACAAUGACUCUGGAACUCACUGAAUGGUCUUCCAUAUGGAUUUUUACUGCUUGUAAUAGACAGUAAGAAAAAGAGGAAGAAAACCUCAAUGACAAAAAAGCCAUAAACACACGCACACACACACACACACACACACACACACACACACACACACACACACACACACGCAUACAUACACACAAACACACCUCUUGCGAACAAAAACACUACAUGCCAAUUAAAUCUUACAGAGGUUUCCAGGCAUGUUCUCACAAACCUGACACACUCACAAAGAAGCAAACCCACAACUCACUCUUGGAAUGUACCGCACUCUCUACCUGUGAAAAUUCUACUGUUUCCUUUACUUUUGGGAUUUUCUGCAAGCAUUUGGAAGGCUGAAUUUGUUUUUUGGGGUAUUUUUUUCCCACUCUGAGGGGAAAACAGGGCGGCACAAAGAGGGUUAAUAACGUCUUGAAUUUGAAGUGUUUUUGGACAAAUGAUUGCUGAUUGACUCUUUUGAUUUCUUUACUUUAGUAGAUCUGGAAAUUGAGAUUCUUGCUAGAAUUAUAGAUUAAUAGUCUAGUUUCCUAAGGCUUUAAAUUUCUUUAGAUUAAUUUUGCCUAAUGGGACACGAUCUGUUACAGUCUUUUUGUUUUCAUUCGAGUGGUAUUUCGCACUCUAUCAGUUAUUAAACACCUGCAAUCUGUAGCCUGCAAAGAUUGAAAUUUAGUUACAACUAGUUUUUAAAGUAAGUUUGUGGAAGCAGGGAAGUGGUAUUGUUUUUUUCUUUGGUAGAGACAGGUAAUUAUUCUCAGACUUUUCAGUGUGCUAGAAGGGGUGCGCUUGUUUUCCUGUUGCGUGCAUGCCCUCCACCAUGCCUCCCCAGAACACAGAGGCUGACGCCAUGCAGGUCGAAUCUCUGGUGGGCGGGGCCAACGACAAAAACUCUACAACAUCAGGGUUGGACGAGGAGAAAGGAGGAGCAGGAGGCGAGGCGGAUGGAUCGGGAGUAGGAAGAGGAGGACGUGGUGGUGGUGGCGAGGAGUUAGCGAGCGAAGCAUCAAUAGAAGGCAUUCCUCUGAAGAGAUGGGUGAUGCACGGAGCCGUGAUGUUCGGCCGGGAGUUCUGCUAUGCCAUGGAGACGGCGCUGGUGACACCUGUACUGCUGCAGAUAGGUCUUCCAGAGCAGUACUACAGCCUGACAUGGUUCCUCAGUCCAGUUCUCGGCCUCAUGUUCACCCCUCUGAUCGGCUCGGCCAGCGACCGCUGCACCCUGCGAUGGGGCAGGAGGAGACCCUUCAUCCUGGCUCUCUGUAUAGGCACGCUGUUGGGAGUGGCUCUGUUUCUGAAUGGAUCGCUGAUAGGUCUGUCCCUAGGUGACGAGCUGGGAAGACAACCGAUCGGCAUUGUUCUCACCGUGCUGGGAGUCGUGGUGUUGGACUUUAGUGCGGACGCCACAGAGGGACCAAUCCGAGCGUAUUUACUAGACGUGGCGGACACAGAGGAACAAGACAUGGCGCUCAACAUCCACGCUGCGUCAGCAGGUCUUGGCGGUGCAGUCGGCUACGCUCUCGGAGGUUUAGACUGGACACACACCUUCCUCGGAGUAGUCUUCAAGUCUCAAGAGCAGAUCCUGUUCGUCUUUGCCGCCAUCCUCUUCUCUUUCUCCGUGGUGUUACAUCUCUUCAGCAUCGAGGAGCAGCAAUACUCUCCCCAACAUGACAGGCUGGACCAGGAGAGUCCAGAUCCCACCAACCAACAACUAGCGGCCAAUGGCAGGACUGGACUUCUUGCUCCCAAGUUGGAAAUGAUUGGAGAGGAUGAAACGAUGGACAGCUAUGACCUCUACGACCCCUAUGAAGAUGACCAGUCAGAGCGGGGAGAUACGGACAUGGACUUUCUAGAGGUGGAGCUUGUUAGAAGUAAAAGUGACAGUGUUCUCGCCAUGGCGGACUGCACUCUUGACCACCUGGACCACGAAGCAUUGUUCUUGUGCCACAUCGAGCCGUCCAUCUUCGCUGACCGCCUCUCGCCCUAUCAUGGCUCGCCACCUACGGCUUCCUCCUUCUUCAACACCAAUCACAGCACUCCCCCUCCCAGGUUCGCCAACAUCAGACGCAGCAGCAGCACAGGAAGCCAGGACCUGCUCCGCUCCCAGAACAACAACCACCAAACAAACACUCUCACCCCAAGGAUUUCCCGCCUCUCGGCUUUCUUACAAGAAAUGGAGAACGAUGACGGACAGGAGGCGCUGCUCAACAACCAGCUCAAUGAGCAGCGGACACUGAACGGGCGGCUGUUAGCCGGUGUAACUAACGCGGAUGGAAAUAACAUUAACAGCCUGAGCUCUAAAGGUCAAGCCCAUCGUGCUGGAAUGGUCAAAGCUGCCAGCACAGGAGCUCCAACGAAGCAGACACGCUACCGUCACACCUUCUACCGCCAGCCGUCCUGCACCUUCUCUUACUACGGCCGAGUGGGGAGCCACCGUUACCGCUACCGCCGGGCCAACGCCGCUUUUCUCAUCAAGUCGUCCCGCAGCAUGAACGACCUAUACGAAGUGGAGGCCAGACAUCGGAGGAGGAGCAGACAGAGGAACAGGCACCGAAGUGGAAACACCAACUCUUCCAGCGGAGAUACAGAGAGCGAAGAGGGCGAGGUCGAGACCACUGUGCGGCUGCUGUGGCUCUCCAUGCUGAAGAUGCCUCCGGAGCUGCUGCGACUGUGCGCCUGUCACCUGCUCACCUGGUUCUCCAUCAUCGCUGAGGCCGUCUUCUUCACCGACUUCAUGGGACAAGUCAUCUACCAUGGAGAUCCCACCGCUCCUACUAACUCUACUUUGCUGGAGAAUUAUCACAAAGGAGUACAGAUGGGUUGUUGGGGACUGGUUAUAUAUGCCAUGACUGCUGCUACUUGCUCAGCUCUCCUUCAGAAGUACCUCGACAACUUUGACCUGAGCAUUAAGGUCAUCUACAUCCUGGGCACGCUUGGAUUCUCCAUAGGAACUGCUAUCAUGGCCAUCUUCCCUAAUGUGUAUGUCUCCAUGGUGAUGAUCAGUAGCAUGGGCAUCAUCUCCAUGAGUAUCUCGUACUGUCCAUAUGCACUGCUGGGACAGUAUCAUGAAAUGAAAGAGUACAUCGAACACAGUCCUGGUAACUCCCGGAGAGGCUUUGGCAUUGACUGUGCAAUCUUAUCGUGCCAGGUGUACAUCAGUCAGAUCUUGGUGGCCUCAGGUCUGGGUGCAGUGGUGGAAGCUGUGGGCAGCGUCCGUGUUAUUCCCCUGAUGGCCUCUGGGGGCUCCCUCCUUGGAUUCUUCACUGCAUGCUUUUUGGUCAUUUACCCAUCGCCGAAUCACGGGGACGGGGAAUCAGCCAAAGCUUCGGAGAAACGGGCCUUGACGACGCUGGAAAAUCCCAAGAGCAGCGAAGCGGCUGUAGCCGUGGUGAUCGAGAAACCAAGCUUCCUGAAACUCAACAAGGAGGGCAAGGCCACGACCACCACCUCUUCCUGUCACACAGAAAAUGAAUCUGCCCUGUGAAAUCGCUAUCUAAGUUGACAGAUAUUUUGCUGCGGACACAACUGAAUUCACUUUUAUCCUCAAUGCUGUUGGAAGAGACGUAUGGAUGACGCACCGUCCCCGCUGCACUGGAGUUUACAGACAUGAGGAGGAGAGAGGAGGGCGGCCGGUGAACUUUCAGCGUUUGCUCUUGCUUUUUCGGAGUGUCUUGAUUUGCUGCAGAAAACAACUCAAUCUGGCGUGGGACCAGUGUCAGACCAGACCGACUUCCCUUACAAAAAAUAAUCGUUCUGGUCCCAGCGCUGUCUCUUCAGCUGUUCUCAAAUUCCUUCCACUUAACCCUCACGUCACCCAGAAGUGACUAAUCCACCGGUCGUGGUCUUAGAGCAACACUAUGUAACGUUAGCCGAGCAACAGUGGCCUCUGCCGCUCGUCGCUAAAUCUGUCGGGCCCCCGAGUCUGAGUUUAGUCACGUACAGCAAACAAGGCCCAUCAUUCUCCGACUGCAACUGCAUAGGCCCACUCGCUGAAUGGGGUUUACUCCUCAUGAUUCCAAGCUUCCCAAACCGUAAGUGCUGCCAUCGUGAUUAAUGCCAAACUCGUGGUUGGAAUUCUUGAAGUCGCUGACCGUCGUUCAGUCAGGCACUUGCACCCACUCAUCAAAGUUACAUAGUGCGACGCGAGGCGUUCGGGAUGCAGUGAGUGAAAAUGAGAGAGGCACCGUUCUCUUUAUUACAAGUCGGUGAACCAUCAAAAUGAUUUUGACGCUGUUAUUUUAAUGUAAAAACAUAGUUGCAUAAUGUUGCUUUAAGAAGAGGUUUUCUCUGUCUCUCAGGGCCUCUAGGAGGUGCUACUGAGCAGCCGCCUGGAAAAGGAAACUUCAGGGGAUUCACAUAAACACUAACUCUCCUACACACACAAACACACAAGCACCUCUUCAUCUGAAACGGAUGAACACCUGAACAUUAGUCUUCAAAGCUGCAAACAUUUAAAAAAAAUUGUUCUUCCUCGCUGUGGAAUUGAUCGAAUACUUGCCUCGUGGUGUGGACACUUCAUCGACAGGAGUCUGACUUUGUUCACCAAAAUAAACACACUUGGCUUCGCAGGACCUCCACAGCGCUCGGCGACGGUAGCUUUAAGACUUUAAGAGACUUCUGGAAGUGGCAUUUAUGAAACCAAGAGCCCGAAGCCGGGGCUCCCGAUCCCCCAAGUUGAUUGAAGUAGUGCUACAAUCUUUAAUUCAGCUUUCACUCCAGGAAAGCAAAGAUGACGAUAUUUGAGAGGCUCCGCUGAUGAGCGUACAAUAAAACAGUGCAGAUGUUUACGGAGGGAAAUUCCAGGAAGGACAGAGCAAAGAUGCAAUAUGUGCAGCAUACAGGGCAUUACAAUCCAAAAUACUGUUUUCAUGAUCAACAGAUGAUCAAUGAUGAUGACGAUGAUGCUUCUGUUUAUUAUGGAUGAUCAGGCUAACCUACAUGCUGCAUGUUAGAGGAGACAAACCAAACAGCAGAGUUGUACUUUCUCUCCUUUUAUUUGCUUCCUUUUCUUUUUUUUAAUUUAGAAAAUGCUGUUAACACAAUGUUUGUCACUAACUGCACAUUAGCUGAGCCAUCGUUGACGAGAGUCGCAGCGUUUCGCUAGAAAAGCAUCCUCUCGGAGACGUUUGGGGCGUUGGAUUUGCUCGUCUCAGGUGGCCAGCAGGACGGAGUUUCCUGACACGCUUCUGUUCCAGUGGAUCCAGUGACUGUACCAGUAAUGACCGGUGUCCGGAAUGGGACACGCGCAUAUUAGAAUGGAUCCUGUUGGGUGUUUUUUAUUUUUUAUUUGAUUUGAAAGAAGAAAAAUCUUGAUCAUCAGGUUUCUGGGGCCCAUGUGACGUAAGAGAGAGAUAAUAAAAACAACAUUAGGCUUGUUUGCUUGGGCCUCGAUGGAGGAUUGUGGUCCUGCUAUAGCUGCGUUGGUUCCACAGAAGACGGUCGAUUAGCUCAUAAUUACUUCUGUGUGUUGCACGGUGAGCUGGACUUCAACAGAGCGAGGGAUUAGAGGCUGGAGAAAUUUCAUAAAAAGUGCUUUGUUGUUGAGAGUUCGAUGAGACGAUUAAUACCGCUCUCGUGUCUUUAUGGUGAACAUGAAGCAAUACAGUCAGCAACUCUGUCCAAAGAUAACAAGGUCCGUCUACUGACACCUGUUUUGUUUUGGUGCAUGUUGAAUGAAUCUAAAUCUAAUUGCGCGUUAAUUAAUGACAAUAGCUUUGGCUGGUAGGCAGAUGUUCUUACCUUCGGGCAGAGCCAGGUUGGCUGUUUCCAACCUGCUUCCACUCUCAAUGCGAAGCUAAGCUAUUAGGCUGCUGAUUUCUGCUUCGUAUUUACUGUGGAGAUUGUAAGCGUAGUUCCCAAAAUGAUAAACGGAAAAAUUGGCGCUGAAACUGUCAUGAAUUUGGAAAUGCUCCCCCUUCCUUUGGGCUGAUUCAAAAUAAGCCAAUGGUCCCAAUGAGUCCAUGUCAAUGUAAUAAUGUAGUUAAGUAAAAUAGCCAGUUUUUAGAGCUACAACUUUUCUUUAUGGUUAAAAAAAGAAGUCAUAAUUUCUGGAGUCGAACAGCUUCAGUUUGCUUCCCUAAAUCCGAAACCGUAAAAUGGCUGCAUCUGCUGUUUAUUGAGGGCAAGUAGCAGCGAUGUGAUGGUGGAUGAGGAAGUAAAAAACUGCUGAGUUUAGCCUUACUUUGACCUCGCUGACAUCAGUCCACAGGGGUGCGACCGAUGGGCUAGUCACACGCAGAGGGGAUACAUGCAAUAAUCUCUUAACAGUACUUGAGUGUAGACCCUUGAGGUUAAACAAUCUUAAUCUUUGGAAUGUUUCACUAGCCAACGAUGCUGGGCGUGUGGAAGUAAACUUGAUGCUAGAGGGGCGUUAGGUGUUUGUUUUCUGACAAAUCAGAAUGUUUGUUGCAUUGUGGGCCUCUGUCGAUCAGCCGGGUGGAGACUGUGUGCGGUUUGUGCGGGCAGAGCAGGGUUGUUCGUUCCAGGUGAUCUUCCUGCCUUGGGUUUGGGUAUCGAUUGGAAUCGAAGUGUAAAUUGCCGUUGGGUUCAUUAACUAACGAGAGAACAUUUUAUUGAGAGUGUAUUAAAGAAUUUAGUGGAGAAGCAAAAUGGUGGUUUCAGAAUAGAAUUUAAUGAUUGUAUUUUUUUUUUCCACUCGGGUGGGUGUUGUUGCAGAGUUUAACCCUGAUUUCUUUUUUACAAAUUAGAUUCCUUCCAUAAAUUCAGGUACAUUCAGUCAGUCCCAGAGCAGAGUAGAGAAGAGAAGGAAUAGUUUUGCUUCCCGGGUCGACCCUGCUCUUGCUGUGGUUCUGGGACAACAACAAAUACAAGCAGGGAUGGGACGGGGACAAAAGACGAGCAGGUGCAGGUGCCAUGGUUUCGCGCGGCUUCUGUUACCUAUAGGGCAAUAAAACGUGUAUUUAAAAAAAAAAAAAAUGGACACACAAGUCCACAUUUUAUGGACAAACAUGAAGAUUAGAAGAAAAGAAAAAACCUUGGGUUUGGGAGCUUUGCAUGCGACAACAGCGACAAUGCAUGCGUGAAACACCAAAGUAUGACUCUGUAAAAAGAAAAACUCAAUCUCUUUUCUUUAUUGUCCUAUUAGGUCAGGGAUGUAUUUUCUAAUGCAUGUCUGGAUGUCUGUGUUUUUCUUUUUGUUUUGAACCUAAAUGUGUUUUUUAAAAAAAAAGAAAAAGCCCGACAUGUACUCUGAAGCAUUGUGCUCGGUGUGGGUCAGUACACUCUAAACAAGCAUGUGACCUUUUUACAUUAUUGCACAUUUAUGAGUAAAGUUUCAGACGGCACUCGUCUUGUUGCUUUUCAACACAACACACGCGGACGGAAGGUGUUGGCGAGACGUGUGUCGUCCUGACGCUCCCUUGUUAAAAGUGUAAGCGGGGAAACUCCAAGCCGUGAAUACGGCAACUUGAGUGCUUCUGUUCCAAUGCAGUGGAAAGUUAUUGAUUUUGUUUUAUUAUUAUGACGUUUUUUUGAGCGGGUGGGUUGUUCUUAAAAUCCCAAGCCUUCUAACUGUUGACUCUGGAAUGUUCAGGCGGCACGGCCUCUCGCUCGGCCUGCUGGGAGAUUGAGUUCUUUACCUUUGAUUCCAUCUGGUGACUUAAAGAUUUUUUUCUUUUUUAAAAGUCAAUGAAUGUGAGUUGAUUUCAGCCGAAAUCAUUUUUGUUUUGAUUUCAGACGACGCCGGGGGGGUUGUUGGUCUGACAUUGCACAGAACUUGCACAUAAUAAGUUAAAAACUAAACGAAAACAGUUGAAUCGUGUUGUAUAAGAAAGACAAAAAUAACUGUGGAUAUUUAUUUUGUUUUUUAGUUUUCUUAUCUAUAAAGGUCACUUUUCACUUAGUUUCCAAAAAGAGUAAAUUAAAGCUAUUUUAUUUGCUGUUACAGAAGCGCACGGAAUAAUGUGUGUGUGCGCGUGCGUGUUAGUGUGAGCAGUCGAAGCAAGGGUGUGUUAUGAUAUGUCAUCUCAGUGUUUGUACUUUGAUUCUUGUUCUCUGUUCUCUGCGAUCACCUGGUUUACACUUAACUCUGGAAUCAAUGGCUGCAAUACCGGAGGUUACUUACGAGUCUGUUCGUCUCUGUUCUGGGGUUUUAACUCCACUAGAAAAUGUCUUUUUUUAUUUUUUAAAAUGUUUCUGUUCUUUAAACUUCUGGCAGGGCCACACACACACACACACACACACACACACACACACACACACACACACACACACACACACACUAUAGUUUGACCUUUGCACUUUUUCAGUGGCAGCCACCAUCCUGAUCACUGAACAAAUGUGGCGAUUGUGGUGACACUGUUUCAUAUUCCCAGCCAGCAGAUGUCAGUGGCAGCAGCGUGGCGGCCAUGCAUUUAGUCCAACCUGGUCGAACUGUGUGUGUGUGUGUGUGUGUGUGUGUGUGUGUGUGUGUGUGUGUGUGUGUGUGUGUGUGUGUGUGUGUGUGUGUGUGUGUGUGUGUGUGUGUGUGUGUGUGUGUGUGUGUGUGUGUGUGUGUGUGUGUGUGUGUGUGUGUGUGUGUGUGUGUGUGUGUGUGUGUGUGUGGCUCUGUCUCUAGUAAACUGUGUUAAUGAUGGAGGAGACGGAUGCCUAUAUACUUUGAACUUCACAGAGAUUAAAUCAAGAAAAAUACUUAAAGAAUGGGAAAGCAAGUAUGCGCAGUGUACUAUAUAUAUAUUAUGCCUUGUUAAUCUGAAAAAAAAGAUGUAAAUAUACAUAUUUCUCUUUUAGUUUCUUCUUUUUUGCUGCUAUGAAAAAGAUGAUUAUUUUUGUUAGUAGUUUUGUUUUCUAUAUAAAGACUGUAUAUAAAUAUAUAUAUAUCUAUAUAUAUAUAUAUAUCUUGUGUUCUGUAAAUAUGCUUGAGCCUUCAUAUGUAGGACUCUGGAUGAACACUGUAUGGAACUCACCUCUUAAAUCUGUUCAGAAGUUAA